GUCGGUAUUUUACAGGGGGUGACGUUCAACAGAGCUUUGGUGGACUCGUUAGUGGAUCUUCUUUUACAUCUAGUUAGACAGUUCACUUUGGUCUCUGAAAGACAGGCAAAAUGUCCAGCAAAAGGGCAAAAGUAAAGACCAGCAAAAAGCGUCCUCAGAGGGCCACGUCCAAUGUCUUCGCCAUGUUUGACCAGUCACAGAUCCAAGAGUUUAAGGAGGCCUUCAACAUGAUCGACCAGAACCGUGAUGGCUUCAUAGACAAAGAGGACCUGCAUGACAUGCUCGCUUCUUUAGGGAAGAACCCUACGGAUGAAUACCUUGAGGCCAUGAUGAACGAAGCACCAGGUCCCAUCAACUUCACCAUGUUCCUCACAAUGUUCGGAGAGAAGCUGAACGGCACCGACCCUGAGGACGUCAUCAGAAACGCUUUUGCUUGCUUCGACGAGGAAGGAACAGGUUUUAUCCAAGAGGAAUACCUUAGGGAGCUCCUGACCACCAUGGGCGACAGAUUCACAGACGAGGAGGUGGAUGAGCUCUUCCGAGAAGCUCCUAUCGACAAGAAAGGCAACUUCAAUUACGUGGCGUUCACACGCAUCCUAAAGCACGGCGCCAAGGACAAAGAUGAUUAGGAAAGGACUGCAUUGUAGUGUUCCUUAUAAUGCACAUCAUGUUUCAUUUUUGUAGGCCAUGGCACACUGGCUUUAGAAUGAAGGCACAUAAAAACUACAAGUCAAGACCUCAUGUAUUAAUAUUAUUAUUAUUAUCACCUUAAUAUACUUAUAUAUUUAAAACUAAAGUAGACAUAAAUAGUGAAGGACUCAGAAGGAAAAGAAGCUGUAGCAGAGUUAGGAGGUUUAGGAGUAAGCUUGGAAGUUGGAAAUUGUGGUCUAAACAAUAGAAACUUUGCUGUUACAUUUGGAAUCUGAAAACCGAUUAUUUAAAGAAGUUAAGCUGAACGUUAAGCCUGAAGUAUGACAAUACCAUUGCUGUAUUUAUUUAUUCAUUAUGCACACACUAAUUAUUUAUGCACUUUUUUGUUUCGCUCUGUGAUGCUAUUUAGAUAUAAAGUAAGAUACUAAAUGUUUGGAAAUGCACAGGUUGAUUUGUUACCAGUGAAGUCUAGGGUGAACAUUGUGACUGCUCAAAUAAGAUACUGAAAACUUAAGGGUGCUUACAACCAUUCAGUGCAAUGUCACCCACCACAUGGUAGAGGCAGCUUCCACAACAUAACUACCAUACGAGCACCUGCAUCGUAGUAUGUGGCUUUCAAUUUGUGGUAUAGCAAUAAUCUCAAUGAUUACUCGAAAGAAAUCUCACAUUGUCUAACUGAAUUACACCACUGUCAGUGUGUGUAAGGAGAUUUAAAUUCUAAAUAAAAAAGAGAAACAUCAAUACGGCUG